AUGAAGAUAUUGGUACUGUUAACCAUAGCCGCUGGUAUCGGAUGUCGAAAUGCCAUUGACAUAAUCUCAACUACUAACGCCGAUGAAGUGACGAUCGUUAAAUCGAAUGGCCUCUCUAAGAACUACUACAACUGUCCGCUCGGUCAGGCCAAGUGUCCACCGGAUGCACGGAAAACUGAUUGUGCCAAGUGUAGCCACAAACAGAAGGAGACCGGUUAUAAGGUCAUCGAGUAUCUUUCGGCCAACCGACCGAAAGAAUGGGCCGCCCUGAAGGCCAAGUACGAUCCCGAUAACAAGUACGUCGAGAAAUAUCGCGAGAAUGUCGGAAAGAUCGAAAUCAAACUGUGA